CCAGCCAGACCCCACCACUCAUUUAUUUCGCCGCUUUCAAGCGCCGGAGCUGGAUGCAUUGGAAUGAGUCAAUGAGCACACAACAGAAGCAGCAGACUGCAAGUUUUGCUAAGAAACAAAGAGAAAAGUGUACGGAGACCGAGAUGCAGCCCCAGAGACGUGAAAUGCUCCCAUGGCAUGGGUGAGUCAUAUAGAGAAAGACUGGAAGAAGAAAGAGAGCAAAGAAAGAAUUCAAGCUUGAUUUUUUUUUUUUUGCCAAACGUGGCAAGAAGGAUCCCUCUCCUUCAUUCAAGAAUUAGAGAAAAUAAUUGAGUAUUUCCCAAAACAGAAAUCCUUAUGAUUGGUGUUAUAAGCAAAAUAAGCGAUAAACUAAUUCGCACACAGAGACACACUAAAGAAAAGGCGUUGUGCUAGACACUAGUGAAAAAUCCGAACUGAGGAUCUGCCAGGUGAUGAAAAGAGACUACGCUACAAAGGAUCUUCCUGGAUACAAAGUGAAUUCUACAAAAAUGCAUGAGAAAAAGAAAAAUAACGGGAGCUGAGGCACGACUUGCUUUUCACAGCUAGUGAAUGCUGAAGGCUGAACCUCCCUACAAAGGAGGUUCCCUAUAAACUGGACCCGAGCAGCCAGGCAUGGACACCAGACAAGACUCUCAUUUUUAAGAUCUAGCGGCGCCCAGCAAGUCCCAGGAUUCAAAGUCUGGACACAAGCUCUGGACACAUGGUUAGUGUAUCUCAAAAUAGCAGAUGACCAGUUUACCAUACUGACCAUGCUGGCCUUUCUUCAGGACCAUCCGGGACCAGAGAGGAGCACUGAAUUCUCGCACCAUCCCCGAUUUCUGCACGAAAUACAACUCCGGUGCACCUUCUGUCGGGCACAAAAAUGUCCCAUCCUUUACACUUCUUGAACGGGUCUGGAGUUGGCAAUGGAUCUCUGUCGCCUCUCUCCGUAACGGCAGAGCCCAAGCACGACUACCCAAAUGACGAACAAGGAAACAAAGUGCGUUGGGCAGCCUUGCUGAUCCUCCUGGUGAUAAUCCCCACCAUCGGGGGGAACAUUCUUGUUAUCCUGGCGGUGUCUCUGGAGAAGAAGUUGCAAUACGCUACCAACUACUUCCUAACGUCCCUGGCAGCGGCGGAUCUGCUGGUGGGUCUCUUUGUGAUGCCCAUUGCCCUUCUCUUAAUAGUAUUUGACAAUUCCUGGCCUCUUCCAACCGCUCUGUGUCCCAUCUGGCUGUUCCUUGAUGUCCUCUUUUCCACAGCUUCCAUCAUGCACCUCUGUGCCAUCUCACUAGAUCGCUAUAUUGCCAUCAAAAAGCCCAUCCAGGCCAGCCAGUACAACUCAUGGGCUACAACCGUCAUCAAAAUCAUCGUGGUUUGGCUCAUUUCAAUAGGCAUUGCUAUUCCAGUCCCCAUCAGAGGCAUUGAAGAUGGGAACGGCAACCACACAAACAUAACGUGCGCCCUGACGCCCGAUCGCUUCCCCGACUUCAUCCUGUUCGGAUCGGUGGCUGCCUUCUUCAUUCCCCUCACUAUCAUGAUAGUCACUUACUUUCUGACAACCCAAGUGCUACGCAAGAAAGCCUACCUGAUCAACAAGUCCCCGCAGCGUUUCACUUGGUCAACAGUGUCCACAGUAUUUCAGCGGGACGUGACACCCGCGUCCUCACCAGAAAAGGUGGCUAUGCUAAACGGCUCCAGAAAGGACAAGACUUUGUCCAGUGAUGUGCCCGUCUGUAGAAUGUCUACAAUUGGGAGGAAAUCCAUGCAAACGAUCACCAACGAACAGCGGGCCUCAAAAGUUCUGGGGAUUGUCUUUUUUCUUUUCUUGCUGAUGUGGUGCCCAUUCUUCAUAACAAACAUAAGUUCAGUCCUGUGCAACUCCUGCAACAAGGAGGUUUUUCAAAAGCUCAUGGAAAUCUUUGUGUGGAUAGGAUAUGUAUCCUCAGGGGUGAACCCUCUUGUCUACACACUCUUCAACAAGACAUUUAGGGAAGCUUUCAGCAGGUAUAUCACUUGCAACUAUCGGACCACAAAGCCUGUCAAGGCCCUUCGGAAAUGCUCCAACAGAAUCUCCUUCCGAAAUUCUGUGGCAGAGAAUUCCAAGCUCCUCGUUAUGCACGGGAUGCGAAACGGGAUUAAUCCCAUUAUGUAUCAGAGCCCUAUGAGGCUGCGGAGCUCACCCAUCCAGGCCUCAUCAGCCAUUCUGCUGGAUACACUGCUGCUCACAGAAAAUGAAGUUGAUAAAACAGAAGAACAAGUCAGCUACGUAUAGGGGGAUGGCAGCA